UCCGUUUUCUUUUGCUUUGUGUAUGGUGUCAGAGUAAGCACUUUCAAGAUGCAGAUCUUCGUCAAAACCUUGACGGGGAAGACCAUCACUCUCGAGGUCGAACCGUCCGAUACCAUUGAAAAUGUUAAGGCCAAGAUUCAGGACAAAGAAGGAAUCCCGCCCGAUCAACAGCGUCUUAUUUUUGCCGGCAAGCAGUUGGAGGAUGGACGUACGCUGUCCGAUUACAAUAUUCAAAAGGAGUCCACCCUUCACCUAGUGCUGCGUUUGCGGGGCGGCGCCAAGAAACGCAAGAAGAAGAAUUACUCUACCCCUAAAAAAAUUAAGCACAAGAGGAAGAAGGUCAAACUUGCUGUGCUCAAGUACUACAAGGUCGAUGAAAACGGUAAAAUCCACCGUCUACGCCGCGAGUGUACCAGCGAAACUUGUGGUGCAGGAGUAUUUAUGGCUGCCCAUGAGGAUCGUCAUUAUUGCGGCAAAUGUCACCUGACUCUGGUAUACUCUAAACAGGAGGAGAAAUAGGUGCGCUUGUAUUUACUGUUUUCUAUGGCUUGCUAAUGACUCGUCGAGUCGUCAACAAUACAAACUAAGAUUACGGUCUAUUUGAUCCGUAAGGAUUAAAAAAAACUAUUCUUUGAAG